AUGAAUAGCGUCCCUCCAACUGCCGUUCUCCACAUCGGUUCUCUUAGUCCAAAUAUGGGUUCCCCGAUUCUGAGACUUCCUGUAGAAGUUCUUACCCAGAUUUGUAGCUACCUUCCAGCAAAUGCACCAACCCCUUUCAUCGCCGAUCUAGCAAGUAUCUGUCGUGUGAACAGGUUGUUCCACCAGAUCGCAACUCCCAUAAUCUAUCGAGAUGUCCAUAUUGACUAUGUAUCCACAUUCGGUGGCGCAUCCAAGAUUCUAAGAUGUUUUCUAGACUCCGAGCUUAAACAUGAGCACAGUGGUAUCAGGUAUAUUCGAAGUUUGAGAAUUUCAGAGGGCAGCCCACGCCCGGAUGAACGAGAGGAUUACGACAGGGAGAAGGGGGGGAUCCGCGAAGAUAUCGCGAAAUUGGUUUUAAAGAUCAGGCCUGAUCAAUUAUCUUCGCUAUACGCUGAAACAGCUGAUUUCAGAGAAGUUUAUCAAGAAAACCUUGGGGAUCAGAACAACUUGAAGAAUCUACAAGUUAGAUACAGACCUUCAAAUGAAGAUGUACCACUCACUUCUCCUUUUAAUUAUUGGAGCCAGCGGAUUCGGCACUAUACCUCUCGCCUUACUGAUGCCAAAUUCACCCUUCGUCUGUCCGGCCUGACAAUAAACCUCGAUUUGGUUACCGUGACAGAAAUUGAUAUCAAACCAAUGGAGUCAGGCUCGUUGCUUCGUCCGAUCAGAGUCAAGACAAUCCCCACUCUCACGCAUUCUGAAGACGACGCAGAGAAAAAGCUCUCCCAUAUCGUACAUGAUAUCCAAAGCUUACUAUUUUCACUACUCUCGGCCGUCAACGGAGAAGCGUUUUAUAUAGAAGAACUAGAUAUAGGAUUCCCCAAUCAUUACAUGCUUGAGCCGCAUCUCGAGCGGGAAGCACUUACCCCGGUAGUCGGUCGAGUUCGAAAAUUGACAGUAUGGAGUCCUAGCCGUGCUUGGCCGAUGAUGCGUAUCGUCCUACCUUUCACUACGAAUCUCACCGAUUUACGACUUUUUCAUACCGUAGGCCAGCAUUUUCUAGAAAGGCAAAUGGAGGAACCCCCCUUCAAACUCAAGAUACUCUACAUCGUGGACCCCGAAUCCACAGGGCAGUACAUUAGCCAGAAAGCGCUCAUGCCUCAUGCACAAACCCUCGAAGUCCUUUGGCUGGAGUCCUCGGAUUGGAAUGGUCACACCAUCCAAGCUAUAAACAUUCCGUUAUCAUCUAAUCAACUUCCAAAUAACCUAAAUUGGAGUUUUCUGAUAUCAGAGAAAUUUCCCAAAUUGCGGGAGGUGGCAGUCUGUCUCGACGUGGAUACAGUGGAGGCAGGCUUAGUGGGUGAAAACUUUGAACUUCUUCGCAUCCUCAACGAAUAUGACUUUCAGAGUGCCUGCAAAAGUAGUAUAAACGGCUUAGCCGAGCAAGCAUUUAACAAGAUAUAUGAACGUGGAACUUCGUCAAAGUUUAGAGCCAUCGCAUUUGGUACGCCAAAUCGAGAUUUAUCUACUAGAAGGAGGCCGGAUUACGAAGAGAUAUCUAUCUUCUUUGGUAGAAAGGAGAGGGAUAUGCUAGGCCGAGAAGUUGCAAGAUGUACGCCCGUUAAUGCUAGACAGGCGAGGUAUAUGCUUCCAGAUACCGUUAUUAUAGAAGAGGAUGAGAGGUCCUUGAGGUCGGUUGAGAAAUGGCCGAAGUUGAAUAAUUGA